GGGGAUAAGGGGGAUUCGAGCGGUAACAGAAGACUUUUAUAAAGAAUGUAUGAAGCUUGUGGAAAAUGUGAGAGGAUCAAGUAAAAGGUUUAAGCAGCGAUUAGAAAUCCUGGUUGCCAGAAACAACUAUUUUACAAAAGAAUCAGCUAUAUUAUCAGCAGGCCUUGUCUGGCUCCGAUGGUUCAAUUUUCCGCACACAGCUCUUCCGUCAUGGCUUCCGUUGAAUUUAAGAAUUUUAGAGCUUGAACCUGGUGACGACUUAGAAGAACUUUGGAGCGAUACUGCCGAUCCUCCUGAGCAGUUGAGAGAGCUGUUUAUCUGCGAAGUCUUCAGUUUACUGAGAUUUCCGAGCUCAAUAGGACGUUUACAGCAUUUGAAAAAGAUAGUCAUAUCCGUGGCAUCUGCUAUCGAAGAUCUACUAGCAGACUUUUGCAAACUAAAGUCGCUGGAGUACCUCGUGUUAGAGCAUUGUGAGAAGCUAAUGUCGCUGCCUCCCAAGUUCGGCAAUUUGAGAAACCUGCGGCAUCUAAAGUUGAGUUUCAGUGGGUUGAUGACGUUGCCACCUUCAUUUGAGAAUCUCAUAAAUCUGCAGAAUAUUUAUUUAAUUCAUUGCUCUGAGCUCACCUUGCAGGCGGACAAUUUUGUAAAUAUUACAAAGCUGGAGGUUAUCAAAGUUUAUGGAUGUAAAAAUCUCACAAACUGGCCUGCCCAAAUCCCAAAUCAGAAAUCACUGAAAAAGCUAAAAGUGGGCUCCAUGAGCUUAAUGGAAUUACCAUAUAACAUUGGUGAGCUGAGCAAACUGGAAAAGCUGACAAUCAAUAAGAGUCCGUUGAAAACUUUGCCACCAAUCCGGAAUUUGUCCUCCUUGACUCAUCUUGAUAUUUGUGAUGUGAAGCUUAAAUCCUUGAAUGUCUUGUCGAGGUGUUCUUCUUCUUCGUUGUGCAGCCUCAAAUAUAUAGAAGUAGAAAGAACUCUUGUGUCGAGGAUAUCAAUUUCUCAACAAUGUUGCCCCAGCCUGGAAAAGGUAUUACUUUCGUAUAAUGACCAGCUAGUAGAGAUAGAUAGCUUGCCGAUAUCUGUGAAGACCAUAGAGGUGAUAGAUUGUGAAAAGCUGAAAAGCAUAAGCGGUGUUUGUGGUCUGGUAAACCUCGAGAAGCUGGUUUUACGAUACUCUGGGAAAGAAUUAAAAGAGUUUCCAAAUGUUAAAGAGUUAGUCUCACUCAGAGAAUUUGAAAUCAAAGAAUCUGCUGAUAAAGAGCUGAAGAUAAUAGAAGAGCUAGAAUAUUGCAGGUCAUUAGAGACGUUGAUCGCACAUAAUUGGGGUAGAAGAAGUCUGGAAAGUAUGGAGAGUUUGAGAAGAAUAGAGGUGUCGGCAUGGAAGGGCAUAUCGGCAUUACAACCUUGCCAUCAAACUAUAAAGAGAAGCAAAUGGCCAUCAGAAUGUAUUGUAUGUGCAAAGAUAGGGAGUGGUGUGAAGGCGGCUCUCGAGUCUUGGGAAUUCCCGGGUGUCAAUUUAGUUGAGUUAUGCAAGGCGGCCGAGAGUAAAUGGGGUUCUGUUGAACUGAGAUUAAAAUGUGGGCAGAAACGUUCUUCCAACGUGGCAGCGAUGAUGUGCUUUGUAAUAAAUUUCAUGAGUCCCAAUGCUAAGUUGUGGAGAUACUCCUCCAUGCGGUUAAUGGAGAUGGAAGCAGGGAAAUGGGUAUGGAUAGGUGUUUUCACACAAUCUUCCCCUUUCGGAUGGGAAGAGGAAUUUGCACUAGAGAAAAACGGUGAGAAAACAUUUGGUGAAGACGACAUGGGAAUGUUAAUGACGGGUGAGGAAGAAAAAGUAGUUGAAGCUUUUUAUCAAUUAUUACAAUAUUUGGGAAACCAUGUGAUACCAGUAUGAAUUGCU